AUGUCGGGGCGCGCUCGGCUCGGAGUGGCCCGGGAGGCCCUGGGCGCCUGGCUGCUGGGCGGCCUCUGCUUCUGGGCGCUGGGCGGCCUCUGCGGCCUGGGGGCGGCGGCACCGGGGGCGGGGGCCGGGGGCGCCCCGGGGACCCCGCGCCCGUGCCAGGCGCCGCAGCAGUGGGAGGGCCGCCAGGUUCUGUACCGGCAGAGCAGCGGGCGCAACAGCCGCGCCCUGCUCUCCUACGACGGGCUCAACGAGCGCGUGCGGGUGCUGGACGAGCGCAAGGCGCUGAUCCCCUGCAAGAGAUUUGCUGGAACAAACUCAGAAACUUCUUCAGGUAUUAGCAGUCUGGCCAACAAACCAGAUGUUAUUUGA